GUGCAGCAGCUGGAAAAAUGGCAGCUGAUACAGGGAGAUACCGGAGUGCUGUUAGCAAAAGUAAAGACCCUUCAGGCUUACUUAUCUCCGUUAUAAGGACCCUGUCCAGCAGCGAUGACAAGCAGGACAGAGAGACGGAGAAGGGCCGCCUGGAGGAGGCGUUUGAGAAGUGCGACCGGGACCUGGAUGAGCAGAUUGUCCAGCACUACGCUGAGCUGACCACCGCCAUCCGUACCUACCAAAGCAUCACCGAGAGAAUCACCAGCUCCCGCAACAAGAUCAAAGGGGUGAAGGAGAACCUGCUGUCCUGUAAGAUGCUGCUCCACUGCAAGAGGGACGAACUGAGGAAGCUGUGGAUCGAAGGCAUCGAGCACAAACACGUCCUCAACCUGCUGGACGAGAUAGAGAGUAUCAAGCAGGUCCCACAGAGACUGGAGGCCUGCAUGGCCAGCAAACACUACCUGCACGCCACCGACAUGCUGGUGUCAGCGGUGGAGUCUCUGGAGGGCCCCCUGCUGCAGGUGGAGGGUCUGGGGGACCUGCGUCUGGAACUUCACAGCAAGAAGCUCAACAUCCACGUGGUCCUCAUCGACGAGCUGCACCGCCACCUCUACAUCAAGUCUACCAGCCGCCUGGGGACCAAGAACAAGGACAAGAACCAGGGACGCCACGGGGGCUCUACAACCAAAGACACGUCCCCUCUGCCCCAGCUGGACGUCAGCAGCCUGUCCACCCCUCGCAAGCUGAUGGACUCCUCCCAGUUCAGCACCCCAGGGACCACCAGCAUGCGAGAGCUGCAGGCGCACCAUGAGGCCCGCGAGGACCCUGACGUGCACCCGGAGGAGAACACCCAGGAGUUCAUGGGCGUUCUCAUCAAGGGCCUGGCCAAGCUCAAGAAGAUCCCUGAGGCUGUCAAGGCCAUCAUGGAGCGCCUGGAGCCUGAGCUGAAGCAGAUACUGAAGAGAUCCACUACCCAGAUAGCUGACCACGCCUACCAGAGAGGAGAGAACCUAGCCACAGAGAGCCAGCCCAGGCUGCUGCUGGAACUGCUGGAGCUGCUGUUUGACAAGUUCAACGCAGUGGCUGCGGCCCACAGUGUGGUGCUGGCCCACCUGCAGCAGAUCAUGGUGUCCUCCAACGGAGCCCAGGAGGGCAUCAAGCUCUAUGAGCAAGCCGACGUCUCCGCUAAGAUCCAGACCGUGCUCCAGGUUCUGUUGAUGGACUACCUGGAUGUGAAGAACACUAAAAGUGCUGCCGAGCCCUCUGCCCAGCUCACCUACGCCAGCACCGGCAGCGAGUUCGCAGCCUUCUUUGCCAAGAAGAAACCCCAACGUGCCAAGCAGUCCCUCUUCAAGUUUGAGUCGUCUUCUCAUGCCAUCAGCAUGAGUGCCUACCUGAGGGAGCAGAGGAGAGAGCUGUACAGCAAGAGUGGAGAACUACAAGGUGGUGCGGACGAUAACCUGAUCGAGGGAGGAGAGAUGAAGUUUGUGUGUAAACCUGGAGCCAGGAACAUCACAGUGAUCUUCCAGCCUCUCCUCAGGUUCAUCAAUGAGACGGAGCAGAACAUGGGUCCUCCGGGACAGGCCAAGCAGUGCCAGCUCCGGACAUUCCUCACCUACUACAUCAACGACCUGUUCCUGCACCAAGUCAGAACAGAGAUCAACAAGGAGAUCCAGGCCGUCAGCAAAACAGCAGAUCCACUUAAAGUCCUGGCUAGUGCCGAUACUAUGAAGGUCCUGGGGGUGCAGAGGCCGCUACUGCAGAGCACAGUGGUAGUGGAGAAGUCCAUCCAGGACCUGAUGACUCUGAUGCAGGACCUGAGUGCCUACUCCAACCAGUUCCUGGAGAUGGUCUGUGACAAGCUGAAGGAGUACAAGGAGAUCUGCAAUACCGCGUACAGGGGCAUAGUCCAGUGUGAGGAGAAGCUGACCAUCAGUGCAUCGUGGUCUAAGGACGAGGACAUAAGCCGACUGCUCCAGUCUCUGCCCAACUGGGCUAACAUGGCCCAGCCCAGACAGCUCCGACAGAAGAGAGAGGACGAAGAGGACUUCACCAGGGCGGCGUUUGCCAAGGAGUCUGAGGUGCUAACGGGUAACCUAGGUGACAAGCUGAUCCCGCAGAACGAGAUCCUGCGUGACGUGAGCGACCUGAAGGCUCUGGCCAACCUGCAGGAGAGCAUGGAGUGGCUGGCCUCCAGACUCAAAGGCUUCUUCAUCAACCUGCCCCACGCUGCCAGUGGGUCUCCAGGCUCUGACCCCCAGGUGACCAAUGAGAGCAUCCGCAGCAGGGACCAGAUCCUCCAGACUCUGACUGACCUGUCCAGGGCCUUCCAGGACAUCGCUGACCGCUGUCUGCUGGUCCUCCACCUGGAGGUCAGAGUGCAUUGUUUCCACUACCUGAUUCCCCUGGCCAAGCAGGGGAACUAUGCCAUAGUGGCCAACGUGGAGAGCAUGGACUACGACCCCUUGGUGGUCAAACUCAACAAGGAUAUCAGCGCCAUCGAGGAGGUGAUGGGCGCCGCAUUGCAGCAGCACAAGUUCCAGUACAUCUUUGAAGGUCUUGGCCACCUGAUCUCCUGUAUUCUGAUCAAUGGAGCCCAGUACUUUAAGAGGAUCAGUGAGUCUGGCAUCAAGAAGAUGUGUAGGAACAUCUUUGUCCUGCAGCAGAACCUCACCAACAUCACAAUGUCUAGAGAAGCCGACCUGGACUUCGCUAGGCAGUACUAUGAGAUGCUGUACAACGCGGCAGACGAGCUGCUCAACCUGGUGGUGGACCAGGGCGUUCGCUACACAGAGCUGGAGUACAUCCAUGCCCUCAGCCUGCUGCAGAGGAGCCAGACGGGCGUGGGAGACCUGAGCACGCAGAACGUCCGGCUGCAGCGCCUCAAGGAGAUCAUCUGCGAGCAGGCAGCCUUUAAGCAGGCCAUCAAGGACAAGAAGAUCACUACUGUUUGAGAGGGGGGACAUUGGGGGUCUGUUGUUGGCAAUGGUCUUUCUGCAUUACUGUCCAGUGUUUCUCAACCUCCUGUCUGUUAAAAGGGUUUAGAGUAAAGCAUUACUGUCCUAGUACAGAUGUCCUGGAGCAGUGUUUCUCAACCUCCUGUCUAGAAAAAGGGUUUUGAUUAAAGCUAGUAUUUUAGAGCUGACUAAACAGUGUCAGCUAACCAUCUGAGGGACUGGUCAGCACCUUCCCAGGGACUGGUGUCGAACUGGGUUUGUAAAACUGGGUUUGUCCUUAUUAGAUCCCUAUUGCGGUCCAUAAAUAAGCCAUGUAAUAUGUUUUAGGGGUUGAGAUAAUGCUGGUAGGCUGUAAAUUGAGUAGUUACUGAUUUAAGGUUUAAACUUUGUUACCAAUAUGCAUCUGUUGUUGUAAUUCAUCUGCUUAUUCACUGGCAAGAAUGCAGCCAGUUCCUCAAGAAAAAAAAACACACACACACACACACACUCUACAACUUGUAAAAACGACUCCCUUCAAUCAUCCCAUAUGCGGUCGGCCCUAGUCUCACCUGUGGAGAAUGGGGGAAUUCUCUGAUAGCCUGGCUUUGGGACCUUUCUCAUCUCAUUUUCCUAUUACAUCUAACUGCUGCUCUCAAUUACAGCUCUACCUCCAGCUCUCCCUCGUGGGCCCGCUGACUGUGUCUUUUAUACCAGAUGCCAGAUUAGACUGUCUAGAUUAUCACUUCUCUCCUCCUGCUUUUGGCCAUUCUUCUUCCCCAAGGACAAAGAAAGGAAUUGGUUCCCCACCUCAGCUGUGGUUCACUCUAUUUUUCUCUACAUUUUUGAAUAAUGUAGAUUGGAUAUAAUGUAGCUAUAGCCGAUUCUGAUUCUAGUAUUUGCGUCUGCCCUGAAAAUAUGCAUAGACUGUGCUGUAGCUGUAGCAUAGGGGAUGUGUAUAUAGUCCAACGCUCAAGGUGUUGAACUUAAUAGGGAUGUAAUUGCAAAUCACUACUCCACUUCCUACCACUACAACUGCUAAAACUUCUGCUAAAACUAUUCUAAAGUGAAUACACUUGCAAGGAGUUACAAAUCAUUCCUUCCCCUCAGUAUUUUUAGUUAAUUAACUCAGAGGAAAAGUACUUAACAAGAGCGAGGGAGGGAGGAAAGAGAACAGGGGAGAGUUGUGGCGGUGCUGCUCCCCAGAACCCAGCGGAACGAUCCAUCAUAAUGACACGUAGGCUGGGAUCAAUAUGAGCCAUGUGGUUGCCGGAGGGAUUGCCUAGCGCCAUAGGAACAGCAUUCGUUUUACUCAGCACACUCAAGACACACACGUACACAUUCACACACAAUGCACACAAUAAAUACAUACUAUAUUACACACACACACACACUAUGGAGGUCUCUAGGGUUUGCAAUACUCCACACACAAUUGAGGAGUUUUUUUCUGCCAAUUCUGUGAACAAGGGCACACUCCAUCCGGAUUUAAAGUAUCUGGCAUAUCUGAUCCCUAUACCCAAAUGUGUAAUAAUGUGGCCAACUCAUUGUAAAGAUCUACACAUAUAUUUCACUUUUUUUAAACGCUUUGCUUUAUUUGUUUGUUUGCUAAGACAUGUCCUUUUGCACAUCUACAGUAUGUAAUAUGAGAGUAGUUUCAUGUCUGAUUAGAUUUUUCACAUCUGAUAAGAAUGUUAAUGCUAAUGUGUCCCGGUGUGAUUUAAGGAUUUAUUUUAUCCUUACUCCAUUGUCUGUUAAAAGUCCCUUUCAGACCAACGCCUUGAAUAUUAAUGAUUUUACACUGAAUUGAAGAAAGAUGAUUUGCCAAUGUGUACACUGAUCUUGCUGGAAAAAUAAAACAUCAAAAUUCCCUGUCUA